ACCGUCAGAAGCACCACCAGAACAGCUCCACCCCACACACACAUCUAGAACAAUGGUUAACGUUGCCGGCGGAAAGGGAGACGCUGCUAAGGGCGCCAAGAUCUUCAAGACCAAGUGCGCUCAGUGCCACACCACUAACGCUGGUGGCGCUCACAAGCAGGGCCCCAACCUUGCUGGUAUGAUCAACCGCCAGUCCGGCCAGGCUGAGAACUACUCGUACUCGGCUGCCAACAAGAACUCGGGUGUCGUUUGGACUGACGAGACCCUGUUCGAGUACCUCCUUGCUCCCAAGAAGUACAUCAAGGGUACCAAGAUGGUGUUCGCCGGCCUGAAGAAGCCGCAGGAGCGUCGCGACCUGAUCGCUUACCUGAUGGAGGCUACCAACGAGUAAGCUUACAAAUGGGAAGACAAGAGGUGCGCUUCGUCGGUUGCAGAGUCCUCGCAGAUGCCAGGAUGAUUAUGUUCGCUGAGCCACGCAGUGGCUAGUUGAAAAAUGCUGAAGGGAAGCUGAAACCUAUAGCAUUGUGCGGCUGCGACCUGCUUGCGACUCUUGUGUCACUCUAGAUUAUAUUUUAAACAUUGAAAAGAGAUCUUCUUCGCAAUUUA